CGCCCAUUUCAGAAAAGGGAAGUGGAAUCAACUGUCUUCGAAACAGCAGAUGUGACAUCGACGGAGUGCCUAUGAUGCCAUGAGAACUGCGGAGGAGUCGCGCCAGCGAUGGGACACUCUGUUCGAUCAGCACCAGUGCGCUUCACUGGAAGAGCUGGGCCAGAAAUUGAAAUCUAAACUCCAUGGAGAUCCCUGUGAGGAUGGACUGAGAUCUAUUUGUUGGAAGGCAUUUCUCGUCCACAAAAACGUUGAUCGAGAGUCAUGGCCCACACAACUUUCGGAUACAAGGGGAGCGUAUACCGCGCUGAAAGAUCAUUUCCUGAAGUACAUUGACCACCCGGAUGAUCUGCCGUCGGCGGCGGAUCCAUUGGCUGAAGAUGACAAUUCUCCCUGGCAAUCUCUCCGGCAAGAUGAAGCUAUUCGAACUGAAAUAUACCAGGAUGUAGAGAGGUGUCUCCAGGAAAACUAUUUCUUUCGGGAACCAACAACCAAGAGAAGAAUGUUGGACAUCUUAUUUAUCUUCGUCAAGUUGAACCCGGACCUUGGUUAUCGACAAGGGAUGCAUGAACUUCUGGCACCGGUCCUAUGGGCUGUUUGGCAGGAUGCAAUUGAAAAAGAUUCGGUCUCUGAAGAUAAUUUACCAAGCGAGGACCGCGAGCUCUUACUGCAAGCUUUGGAUUCUGACUACAUAGAACAUGAUGCUUUUGCAAUUUUCUGCGCAAUUAUGCAAACAGCGAAACUAUUUUAUGAACACGACGAAAUGAAAUCGAAUUCGGACCAGCAAAACGUCUCCUCGAUCAUUGCUCGGAGUCAACGCAUCCAUCAAAUCCUCCUAGGUAGCAUUGAUCCGGAAUUGAUGUCUCACCUUCAAACCAUUGGCAUUCUGCCGCAAAUAUACCUAACGCGUUGGCUCCGUCUAUUCUUCGGGAGGGAAUUCCCUUUUGAAAAUACGCUUUCCAUGUGGGACUUGAUGUUUACUGAUCUCCGACCAGAACUCGUAGAGCUAGUAUGUGUUUCAAUGUUGAUAAGGAUUAGAUGGCAAUUAUUGUCAUGCGACUAUUCGUCGGCCCUCGCUUUGCUGUUGAGAUACCCUUCCCCGGAGCCUCAUAAACCUGAGGUUUUCGUUCUUGAUGCUUUAUUCUUGGAAGAGAAUAUGACGUGGGAUGGCGCGUCGCUAUUGAUCUCAAAGUAUACAGGAAAAUCGCCAGAUCUCCAAGGCCGGAACUUGCGAUACCAAACAGUGCCUACAGCUUCACAGAAAAAGAACUCUUACAGCAGGGACCCCAGCUCCCGUGCUAGUGAGGAUAACUCGCCAAGCAGGUCGCCACUUAGAAUAAAUCAAAAGCGUCUUGAUUCUUUAUUUCAAGACGUAUCGGACGGUAUUUCUCGACGGACAGAGGCAUGGGGAGUCGCCAGAGCCGUCCGCGGGGCAAUGAUCGAAGCCAGGCGCAAUAUACAAGGCAUCCAUUCCGGCCCUGCCACCCCCGGACUACCUUUUGAAGAAGGCCCAAUCUCCAAGUUAUCCAUACCGUCCAAGGUUGAAGCUGCUGCGCCUCAUGAGCUGAGUUUGAAGGUAGCCUCUCUCAAAAACCGGAACAAAACCCUAGCAAACCUACUUGGAGAUGCGUUAAAAGAUUUACGAGCUUACAACGGAAAAUUGGAUGACGUCUCUCGGGACCAAUCUACUAGAGAUGUUGACGAAAUAAUCAGAAGAAUCGAACGUGUGCAGAAGUUGCUCCAAGAUUCGUCGCUCCCCAUCAUAGAGAAGAGGCGAAAAAGCAGCACCAAAGUGAAUAGUUCGACGGUAUCCAAGGCCUCGCAUGCGGAGACACACAGUGAGGCACUGGCCGAGAAGAGUGAACAACUUGAAACUGACUCAGGCUCAACGUCAACGCCGCCCACGCCAUUGAACUCCAAAGAAUCGAAACCCCUUAACCUAAUCAAACCGAUGCCAAUUCGACCUGUUCCGCGUACCUCCUUGGCAGAGUCGUCGUUUUCGUGGAUGCUGGGAGAGGAUGACCGCCGUUCGGCUUUUGCGCCCUGUGCAUCAGUUCCGCCCGAGCACCUGCGGAGACAUGAGCUUCAAUCAAAACCGGGUCCGCUCUUUAGAGAUCAGCGUAGCGAUGAUAAGCGGAAGCGGGCCAAAGAAGCGGAGAGUGAUGGCCUCGUUUUAGAUCCGUUGCAAGGAAAAUCGGAGGAAUGA